AAACAUCUAACCGUUCGCGCUCAGAUCGUUCUGAUGGCGCAGUGGUAAAGAACUGGAUCAAAAAACAAGUGGGAUCAAAUUCGUGAUGUCAUUCCAAAAAUGUUUAACUUUGGCAUUUCAACGAAACUUUACGACAAGCACAAGAAGGCCUACCCUUGUUACGUGCGAAGAUGUUGGGGGAAUUCGUAUGAUUGGAAUUAAUCGACCCGAAAAGAAGAAUAGUGUCAACGCCGACACUGCAGACGAGCUCUUCAGUCAAUUCGAAAGAUUCGACGCAGAUUCUUCAGUCAAUGUGGCUGUACUUUUCGGCAACGGUGGGACAUUUUGUGCUGGAUACGACCUUGAAGAAAUAUCGAGGACAGACAAAACACUUCUCGACAGGUUUAAGCGUAGAUCACCUAUGGGCCCGUGUGGAAUGUUGACAAACAAGCCAAUUGUGGCAGCCAUACAGGGGUAUGCAGUGGCUGGCGGUUUUGAACUUGCUCUAUGGUGUGACCUAAGGGUUGUCGAAGAGACAGCCGUCAUGGGCGUAUUCUGCAGAAGAUUUGGUAUGCCGCUUCUCAACGGUGGUACUGUUCGUCUGCCGCAGCUAAUCGGGCUUUCUAGGACUAUGGAUCUAAUCCUAACAGGACGAGCCGUGGACGGAAAAGAAGCCUAUCAGAUUGGUUUGGCCAAUCGCUUGGUUGGAUGCGGUACGGGGGUCGGUCAGGCUUUACAACUGGCAACCCAAAUUAAAAAGUUCCCGCAAGAAUGUCUAAGGACUGAUCGGCGCAGUGCUUAUUAUGCUACGUUCGAAGCUGCCAGCCAGCUCGAAGCGAUGGAAUAUGAGCGGGCUAAUGCUGUUGAUAUUAUAUCCCAGGAAGGUGUUGAGGGUGCCAAACGUUUUGUGUCGGGAAUCGGCCGCCACGGCAGCUUUAACUUAACGAAAAUACAGGAAAAGUAGCAGGAAUGUGUAACUUAGCGUUGAUAUUGUAACUAUAUUUUAAUUGAGCACCUAUAUAGGUUUACACAGAGAUGUGUACAUAGUUAUUAGAAUGCAUGAAGUUUAUUAAACGAAUAAAUGUUUAUUGCUUU